AUGACCUUCCGGGGAAAUGGAAAGCAUGGUGGUGAGAGUUCCGGGACCCAGCGUAAGCCGGGGGGAUAUGCUCCUCCGGAACAGAGGAAGAGGGUCAAUAGACCAACGGCGGCACUCCGGAUCUCGGGGAGUAAUGUGGCGGACAAGGCGGUGACGGUUCCAAGAGGGAAUGACCCUAGCCCCAACCAACACUCGGCAAAGAAAGUGAGAAAGGCACUUGAUUUUGGUGUGACCUGGACAGAGCUGGACGAGGUGGGAAACAAGACGGAGGACCUGGGAAGCAAAACAGAGGUGGCCAAUGAUGCUCUGGUGGCGACAAUGAACCACGAUCCGGCGAUCCAAGAGGAGGGUGAAGAUGGGGAGAUUUGGUGGAAUGAAAUCAUUGAGGAAGAAGAGGCUGAGAAGAUCGCAGAAGAGGAUGGAGUUCCAGUGGAAACGCAAGAUAGCAAUGAGAUGCAGGUUGAUGUAAGUGAGAAUGUGGGAGCUUCGCUUGACGUGGAGCAAUUUGUUGAUGUGGAAGCAAAGGAGGUGGGGAAAGGCAAACAAGGUGGAGGAAAACCGGUCAUGAAGAAAAAGGCAAUGCGUGCAACGGCGGGCAUCGGCGGGGGUCCUCUCCGGCGAAUGAUACAGGGAGCCAAAACUCCUCGGAGGAAGCCUACAAUGAAGGAAAGCCAGCGCAACGGAGAGAAAGGGGACGGCAAGGCGAAGGAGAUGGAGAGAGACCCGUCGGAAGGGUCCGGGACUGACGCAAAGGCUGUUUAA